AUGGAUUUAUCCAGAAACGAAACGCAGCUGUGGCUCGACGAACAGCAGGACGCAAACAGCACUGUAAGCGAGUCGCUUGGUCCUGAGGCUGUUAUCGUCCCUGUUAUAUUUGGAUGCAUAUUUUUCUUAGGAAUCGUCGGAAACUCUUUAGUUAUGGUCGUGAUAGGGAGGAUCAAGUCAAAGCGCUCAAGAAGCACAACCAACGUUUUCAUUCUUAACCUCAGCAUAGCGGACUUAUCAUUCCUUCUCUUCUGCGUGCCCUUUCAAGCUACCAUCUACUCACUACCCGAGUGGGUAUUUGGAGCUUUCCUGUGCAAGUUUGUGCACUACUUUGUCACUAUGAGCAUGCUGGUGAGCAUCUUCACCCUGGUCGCAAUGUCCGUGGACAGGUACGUGGCCGUGGUACUCUCUAAAAAGUCUCCAUGUAUCCGCAACCGGAGAAACGCGCUGGCAGGAGUUUGUGUCAUCUGGGCACUGUCGUUCGUCUUCGCCGUGCCAGUAGCGCAGCAUCAGAUCCUAACCAAUCACCCGGACGCUCCGAACAGCUCAUUCUGCUGGGAGAUCUGGUCCGAGAGGAUGGCCAGGCGUACAUAUAAAAUCACCAUUCUUAUAAUUGGGUAUCUGUUACCACUGUUUCUAAUCACAUGCUGCUAUACCAAGGUUUUGUAUCAUCUUCAUAAGAAAAUUAAGAAUAUGUCCAAGAAGUCUGAACACUCAAAGAGAAAGACAGCUCAGACUGUUCUGCUGGUUGUAGCGGCUUUCCUCUUUUGCUGGAUGCCCCACCACAUCAUUGCCAUGUGGGUGGAAUUUGGCGAGUUCCCCCUAAAUGAUGCCUCCUUUGCAUUCCGCAUCAUAUCUCACUGCCUGGCCUAUGGCAACUCAUGCGUUAACCCUAUCCUGUAUGCCUUCUUGUCUGAGAACUUCCGCAAGGCCUGCCGGCAAGUAUUUACCUGCCACCUCUUCUACUCUCCCCCACCAGUGAAGAAAAUAGCACGGAUCAGAAUGGAAAACUUUUCCACCACACACUCCACCACCAACAUUUGA